CCUGAACUCGCCGCAGAGCCAGGUAAGUGGCGCUCGCAGACCUUGGGCCGGGCACGGGGACCGGGAUGUUGCCGGGGACGGGGUUGAGGCCGUGAGGAUGCGCGAAGGGCCGCCCCCUCUCCCAGUCCGCGGGGGGCGCUCGGCGCUGCGCCCGGGCUAGCGCGAGGCCCGGCCUCAGGCCCCACGCGGCCCCUUUCCCCCUCGGGCCCACGGUGCGUCCCGCGGCACCGACCCUCUGCCCGGGAGGCGCGAGCACAUCGCGGAGUUCCGGCGCGGUGGCGGGGUAGCCGCAGCAGCAGGUGCGCGGCCUGGGCCGGAGCCGCCAGCCCGGGAGGAGGCGGUGCUAAUCUCAGGGACCGGAGACACCUGCGGUGGCCGCGAGCCCGGCGGCGGCGACAUCCUCGGGUCCAGUGCAGAAUACAGAAACUGCAACCAUGACCACGCACGUCACCCUGGAAGAUGCCCUGUCCAACGUGGACCUGCUUGAAGAGCUUCCCCUCCCUGACCAGCAGCCAUGCAUCGAGCCCCCGCCUUCCUCCAUCAUGUACCAGGCUAACUUUGACACGAACUUCGAAGACAGAAAUGCAUUUGUCACGGGCAUUGCAAGGUACAUUGAGCAGGCUACAGUUCACUCCAGCAUGAAUGAGAUGCUGGAGGAAGGACAUGAGUAUGCGGUCAUGCUGUACACCUGGCGCAGCUGUUCCCGGGCCAUUCCCCAGGUGAAAUGCAACGAGCAGCCCAACCGAGUAGAGAUCUAUGAGAAGACAGUGGAGGUGCUGGAGCCGGAGGUCACCAAGCUCAUGAAGUUCAUGUAUUUUCAGCGCAAGGCCAUCGAGCGGUUCUGCAGCGAGGUGAAGCGGCUGUGCCACGCCGAGCGCAGGAAGGACUUUGUCUCUGAGGCCUACCUCCUGACCCUGGGCAAGUUCAUCAACAUGUUUGCUGUCCUAGAUGAGCUAAAGAACAUGAAGUGCAGCGUCAAGAAUGACCACUCUGCCUACAAAAGGGCAGCACAGUUCCUGCGGAAGAUGGCGGAUCCCCAGUCUAUCCAGGAGUCGCAGAACCUUUCCAUGUUCCUGGCCAACCACAACAGGAUCACCCAGUGUCUCCACCAGCAACUGGAAGUGAUCCCAGGCUAUGAGGAGCUGCUGGCUGACAUUGUCAAUAUCUGCGUGGAUUACUACGAGAACAAGAUGUACCUGACCCCCAGUGAGAAACACAUGCUUCUCAAGGUGAUGGGCUUUGGCCUCUACCUAAUGGAUGGAAAUGUCAGUAACAUUUACAAACUGGAUGCCAAGAAGAGAAUUAAUCUUAGCAAAAUUGAUAAAUUCUUUAAGCAGCUGCAGGUGGUGCCCCUUUUCGGCGACAUGCAGAUAGAGCUGGCCAGAUACAUUAAGACCAGUGCUCACUAUGAAGAGAACAAGUCCAAGUGGACGUGCACCCAGAGCAGCAUCAGCCCCCAGUACAAUAUCUGUGAGCAGAUGGUUCAGAUCCGGGAUGACCACAUCCGCUUCAUCUCCGAGCUUGCUCGCUACAGCAACAGUGAGGUGGUGACGGGCUCAGGGCUGGACAGCCAGAAGUCAGACGAGGAGUAUCGCGAGCUCUUUGACUUAGCCCUGCGGGGUCUGCAGCUUCUAUCCAAGUGGAGCGCCCACGUCAUGGAGGUGUACUCUUGGAAGCUGGUUCAUCCCACAGACAAGUUCUGCAACAAGGACUGUCCUGGCACCGCAGAAGAAUAUGAGAGAGCCACGCGCUACAAUUACACCAGUGAGGAAAAAUUUGCCUUCGUUGAGGUGAUCGCCAUGAUCAAAGGCCUGCAGGUGCUCAUGGGCAGGAUGGAGAGUGUCUUCAACCAGGCCAUCAGGAACACCAUCUAUGCGGCAUUGCAGGACUUCGCCCAGGUGACGCUGCGUGAGCCCCUGCGGCAGGCGGUACGGAAGAAGAAGAACGUCCUCAUCAGUGUCCUACAGGCAAUUCGAAAGACCAUCUGUGACUGGGAGGGAGGGCGAGAGCCCCCCAAUGACCCAUGCUUGAGAGGGGAGAAGGACCCCAAAGGUGGAUUUGACAUCAAGGUGCCCCGGCGUGCUGUGGGGCCGUCCAGCACACAGCUGUACAUGGUGCGGACCAUGCUUGAAUCACUCAUUGCAGACAAAAGCGGCUCCAAGAAGACCCUGAGGAGCAGCCUCGACGGACCCAUUGUCCUCGCCAUAGAGGACUUUCACAAACAGUCCUUCUUCUUCACACAUCUGCUCAACAUCAGUGAAGCCCUGCAGCAGUGUUGCGACCUCUCCCAGCUCUGGUUCCGAGAAUUCUUCCUGGAGUUAACCAUGGGCCGACGAAUCCAGUUCCCCAUCGAGAUGUCCAUGCCCUGGAUUCUAACGGACCAUAUCCUGGAAACCAAAGAACCUUCCAUGAUGGAGUAUGUCCUCUACCCUUUGGAUCUGUACAACGACAGCGCCUACUAUGCUCUGACCAAGUUUAAAAAGCAGUUCCUGUAUGAUGAGAUCGAAGCUGAGGUGAACCUGUGUUUUGAUCAGUUUGUCUACAAGCUGGCAGACCAGAUCUUUGCUUACUACAAAGCCAUGGCCGGCAGUGUCCUGUUGGAUAAACGUUUUCGAGCUGAGUGUAAGAAUUAUGGCGUCAUCAUUCCUUAUCCACCGUCCAAUCGCUAUGAAACACUGCUGAAACAGAGACACGUCCAGCUGUUGGGUAGAUCAAUUGACUUGAACAGACUCAUUACCCAGCGCAUCUCUGCUGCCAUGUAUAAAUCCUUGGACCAGGCUAUCAGCCGCUUUGAGAGUGAGGAUCUGACCUCCAUUGUGGAGCUGGAGUGGCUGCUGGAGAUUAACCGGCUCACACACCGGCUGCUUUGUAAGCACAUGACGCUGGACAGCUUUGAUGCCAUGUUCCGGGAGGCCAAUCACAAUGUGUCUGCCCCCUAUGGCCGUAUCACCCUGCAUGUCUUCUGGGAACUGAACUUUGACUUUCUCCCCAACUACUGCUACAAUGGGUCCACGAACCGUUUUGUGCGGACUGCCAUUCCUUUCACCCAAGAACCACAACGAGACAAACCUGCCAACGUCCAGCCUUAUUACCUUUAUGGAUCCAAGCCUCUCAACAUUGCCUACAGCCACAUCUACAGCUCCUACAGGAAUUUCGUGGGGCCACCUCAUUUCAAGACUAUCUGCAGACUCCUGGGUUACCAGGGCAUCGCUGUGGUCAUGGAGGAACUGCUAAAGAUUGUGAAGAGCUUGCUCCAAGGAACCAUUCUCCAGUAUGUGAAAACACUGAUAGAGGUGAUGCCCAAGAUAUGCCGCUUGCCCCGACAUGAGUAUGGCUCCCCAGGGAUCCUGGAGUUCUUCCACCACCAGCUGAAGGACAUCAUUGAGUAUGCAGAGCUCAAAACAGACGUGUUCCAGAGCCUAAGGGAAGUGGGCAAUGCCAUCCUCUUCUGCCUCCUCAUAGAGCAAGCUCUGUCUCAGGAGGAGGUCUGUGAUUUGCUCCAUGCCGCACCCUUCCAAAACAUCUUGCCUAGAGUCUACAUAAAAGAGGGGGAGCGCCUGGAGGUCCGGAUGAAACGUCUGGAAGCCAAGUAUGCCCCACUCCACCUGGUCCCUCUGAUCGAGCGGCUGGGAACCCCUCAGCAAAUCGCCAUCGCUCGCGAGGGUGACCUUCUGACCAAGGAGCGGCUCUGCUGUGGCCUGUCCAUGUUUGAGGUCAUCCUGACCCGCAUUCGGAGCUACCUGCAGGACCCCAUCUGGCGGGGCCCGCCGCCCACCAAUGGCGUCAUGCACGUCGAUGAGUGUGUGGAGUUCCACCGGCUGUGGAGCGCCAUGCAGUUCGUCUACUGCAUCCCUGUGGGAACCAACGAGUUCACAGCAGAGCAGUGUUUCGGCGAUGGCUUGAACUGGGCUGGUUGCUCCAUCAUCGUCCUGCUGGGCCAGCAGCGUCGCUUCGACCUGUUCGACUUCUGUUACCACCUGCUCAAAGUGCAGAGGCAGGACGGGAAGGAUGAAAUCAUUAAGAAUGUGCCCCUGAAGAAGAUGGCCGACCGGAUCAGGAAGUACCAGAUCUUAAACAAUGAGGUUUUUGCCAUCCUGAACAAGUACAUGAAGUCUGUGGAGACAGACAGUUCCACUGUGGAGCAUGUGCGCUGCUUCCAGCCGCCCAUCCACCAGUCCUUGGCCACCACUUGUUAAGCAGUAGGUCCUGCAGACGCUUUUCUGGAGGGGGAAGAGAAGUAGGAGAGAGAAAGCCACAGCCAGCCUGCCACAGGAUCCAACUGGACAACGUGUGGGAUGGACCUGGAAACAAGCACCUCCCCAGACACAUCACCACUCCCUAGGGCGGGGCCUGUGCAUGCUCUCCCAUGACAUCUCCAUGCUGGUUUCUUCAUAGCAUAAAUGAAAAAAAAAAAAAAAAAGGAAACAGGGCAGUGUGUGCUUUUUCUUUUCUCCCUGCUGAACUAUAUUAAGAACUCCUAGUUUCACCCUUUCUCCAUCCCAUCGUCGCACCCAUCUGUGGUUGCUUCCCAAGACCGCCUCCCAAGAUGGACACCUCCUACCCAGUGCCCAUGUGUGACCCCAGGACUCAAGUCUCAGACUGUGAACACAGAUGUGGCCAUGCGCAGAGAUGCCAGCCUGGCCAGAAGGGCAUGCCUCAGCUUACUACUUCAUCUCUCCUGGUUCCCUCCAUGCAGUACCCUGGGUGGCAACUUCUCCCACUCUGGGUACCAGGGAUUCUACCACAUAGGCUUUCCAAAGCCCCAUUCCAACUCCCUUCUCUCAGGGAAGUCCUAGAGAGAGGUCCAAAAAGCAUUCACAGCUGUAUCACACUCCAUGCAGGUGGGGUAGGAGACUGGUCAGGCCUGCUGUGGGGAAGCGGUAUGUAUGAACACAGCCAGAAACGUCAUAGUCCAAACAGGAUGCUUUCAGGCCAUCUCAGCUGCUUGAUGGUGAGAUGGUUUCCUUAUUCCUACGGGAAAAGCUUAGCAUUGUGCCACACAGGGGAAGCAGCUUUGAACAAAUCAGUCAUAGCACUGCCUACAGCAUUAGCCAGUGACCAAAUUAUGGGCCACUUCUUGGCACAGAAAUGCUUAUCAAGGAACAUUUCCACAAGAAAUAAAAUAUUAAGGGGUUAUUUCCACAGAGGCCCAAAAAGUCUUGGAAACAGAGGUGAGGAGGAGUAAUAAUAAUUGUCAAUGAGCUUUUAAUACCAAGAUAUGCCCCCUGUCCCCAAAGAAGAGUCUUCUUUUAGGGAAUCAGAACUUUCAUUGUCCUAGAAGCUGAAAGAUUCUUGGAACAUUUUAACUUUUACUCUCAACUUGCUGUUCUCUUUACAUUCCUUAAGUUAGACUUUGGGGUGUGACUUCCCUCCCAGGGGUAACAUUUACUUCCAUUUUCUAGACCGAACCAAAAGUCUUCUGCAAAAUCUCCCACCGAGUGUGAUGAGACCAUUGAGAAGGAUAAAAGCCUUUAGGAUAUAAAUUUCUUGUUACAGAGCAUGUCAUUGUCAAAGCAAAUCUGUGGCCCUGAGGUUUUAAGAAUAUCAAAUGUGACAUUUGAUAUUUCUCCAGCCCAGGGAAGUAAGAUGGUUAGAAAUGGUUGCCUUAAUCAAAUGGUCCCAUUUUUAACCCCAAAGGAAGUGCCCACAGCAAGAGGCUUGCAUGAUGCACUUAUGUCCUCCAGUGAGGAAAGGUGGGGCCACAUGUGAAAGGCCCCUUAGGUCAGAUCCUGAGAGUAGCACAUUUGAGUGCAGAUUCCUGGAACCCACCUCAAACCUACUAAUUCUGAAUCUCUGGGAAUAGGGCCAGGAAAUCUGCCCUUUCUACAAGCUACCCAAGUUAUUCUGUUGCACAUCAAUGUUUGGGAACCACUGCUGUAAGGGAAUCAUUCUGGUCACCUUGAGCUUUGAGCUACCACUAAGCCAUGAAAGAAAAUACAUACAGGGAAGAGAGAAGGGAGGAGAUUGCAAGUAGAAGCUGGCAGAUCCUCCUCUCUGGAGGUACCACCUUCUAUUCUGAUUUCUGACUUUUCCUUCUUGAUGACCAUAGAUAUGUUCCAGAGACAGAAGAGAGACAUUACCCCACGUGGCAGAGAACAUGCUUUCAAAACAUAUAGAAUGUCAAAGUUCCAGAUCCUUCUACAUCUUUAGUCCUGUCUGAGGUUGGUAGCUGGCUUUCUGUAGCUGAUAGAUGGCUAGAGUUCCAUCCAAAUCCCUGACCACGACUUCGUGGAGAUUUGAAUUACCUAUUUGAUGAGAUAUUUAUUUCAAUAACCCACCUCUCUCACCCCACAUUCAUAUCCCUAAAUUUGACCCUCUGGGCCGAGUCAUAUUACCUUCAGGAGACUUGAUCCCAGUAGAUUGAAGUCUUCCCUUUCAGCAGAAAGAUUUAUUUCCCUGGCUUGCCAGUGGCACUGAUUUCCUAACACCCAAUGAGUUUAAUAUUCUUUCCUCCCUGGCAUUACUGCCCAAGCCUCUUUUGAUUUUUUAUUUUGUGUGUGUCUAAUGACCAGGAAAAAAAUAAAGCUUAGGUUUUAAAAAGUUUUAAAAAAAAAUCUGUUUCAGAAACUGUCAAAUGUACCAUAUUUGUAUUAAGAAUUGUUGGGAAUUUUUGUACAAUGAAUUUACAUUUAUUUAUGGUGACUUAUAUUUACGCUUGUGAUCAAAUAAUGAUGUUAAAUUCUUAAAUCAUAUUUGCUAUGCAGCUGAAGAUGAUAUUUUGAUUUGUAUUUUGGGGGUACCUGUGUUGAGUUGAUAAACAUUUCCAUCUUCAUUAAAACUGCUU